AUCCUGUUGUCUUAAAGAGGAGUUGUUUUAGCAAUGCUGUGCAUAUCGUUGUUUCUGGGCCUGCUGCCCAUGCUUGCUGCCGCCAUAACAUCGCAGUUCCACACCUCUACCAAGCGUGGUUUGAUCUAUAUACCCAAUUCCAACUACCCAGAGGAUAACCAGAUAUGGAUUCGACCAGGAAACGAUCUGACGUGGUACUACAACUACAAGAUGUACCCGAAUCCAGAAUAUGUGAACCAUUCAUCACUAGAGUUUGUGCCCAUGUUAUGGGGUGCCCCCUCGAGUUUCAGCGACACAACCUUCCUCGAAAACGUGACGGCGCAGGUCGUCCAAGGAAGAAACAUCACCUAUGCUAUGGGCUUCAACGAACCGGAUAAUACAGCAGACACUGGAGGCAGCGACAUCGACCCGUCUGAUGCCGCAAAGUACUGGAAGAAGCAGAUGGAACCCCUGGCGAAGUUGGGCAUCUCUCUCGGGGCCCCAGCUGUAACUGGUGGUUCCUCUGGAUUCACUUGGUUGUCCAACUUCACAGAGGCUUGUGACGGUGGCUGCACCUUCGACUUCAUCCCUAUACAUUGGUAUGGCAGCUUCGAUGGGUUGACCAGCCAUAUCGCGGACGUCUUGACCAUCUAUCCAGACAAGAAGAUAUGGGUAACCGAAUUCGCAUUGGACAACGCGAGUCUAAACGAAACGCAAGACUUCUUCCAAACAACCCUGAAUUACCUGGACACGAAUGAAAACGUCACUCAUUAUUCCUACUUUGGCUCUUUUAGGUCAUCCACAUCCAAUGUCGGCUUGAAUGUCGCCAUGUUGAAUUCUUACGGGAAUUUGACAGAUAUAGGGAGUUGGUACCUGGGAGGCAAUGCCACAGGGGUCAAGCCGGACAAUGUCACUGUCGCCUCCAACACCACCAUGACUGCCCCUACACCAACGUACACUGUACCAGCGUUGGUGACAACAAUGUCCGGUGCGAAGUCCAUCGCAGCACCGAAUUUCCUUUCUUUUGUGGGGAUUGGCGUUUUGGCAAUAAUUUUAUAAGCUUCGUAAGAUGAAACAGGAAAAAAAUAUCAACUUUUCAUGC